AUGGCUAUGAGGCUUUUGCUUUCUCUUUUCGUCGGCCUGGUGCCGCUCCUGGUCGCAGACGUCUGUGACACAGGAGAUGUUGCUUGCGCCGCUCGCGCGGGAGCCUUGCUGCAGCGCAAGUCCCGUCAGCAACAAGCGCCUGUUUCCACAGGGGAGGAGAGCCUCUAUGGAUCGGGUUCCAUGAUGAUCGAAGGCAAGUUUCACUACGUCUAUGAUCCCCAGCAGUACUUGGGCAAGUCGGAGGACGAGUUGUUGCGCGCCCAGGAGGCCAUACAGGAGGCCCUGGCAGAAUCGGUGGGCUUCGGCCUCGUUGCUGCGGAGAUCCAGGUCAGCUUUGAUCUCGCGGCCGCUUUGGCCCAGGUGAGCAACGCGACGCCGACGACGCUGGACAUGGUCUGCACCUUCACCUUCCCCUGCCCCGCCGGGGCGACGCCCGAAGAGGUGACGGCGUCCAUGAGGACGAUUACCACCCGAAGCUUCCUCUCCAUCCUUGCGCCCAAACUCGCGGGCUUGGGGCAUGAGCCCUUUGCCUUUACCGCCACCGCCUUCAUGGGAGCGGCCGUCGUGACGACGGCCAGCCCGAGCCCCAAGAACUCCACUACCAGCUUCAUCCCCAUUGCCAGCACUUUCCCACCACCCACAACCACAGAGGCACCCAAGAUGGAUUUCCAUCCCUGCAAGUCUCUGGAGGACUACAUGCCGGAGGCAAAGAUGAGCGAAUACGGCUGGUGCAACGUGGAGGGGAAGACGACCCCCUCGGAAUCCGAAUGCCUUGCAGCAAAUUGCAGUGCACAUGGCUAUCCCGAUCAUCCUCAUUGCCACUGUGCGACGGAAGAAGGGUGUGCAUUGAUCGGCAGCACCUGGAAGUAUCACCUCUGCAAGGAAGAGAUGCGAAUGUACCAGCAGGGCGAGAUUUACACUCUGUGGGAGGAGGCCAAAGCAUUGGGUACCUGCAACGGUGUCGUCACCAGCUGGCACUCGACGCUCCCAGAGUCCAUGGACUGGCCGGCCCGGAAGUGCUGCGCUUCCUGGCCUCAGACGUUUUGUGAUCCCGCGGACACACUCGCGACUCCUUGCAAGGACGCAAGUGAUUUUCUCGCCGACCACGUUACAGACGACGGUGUAACUUGCAUGGACUGGCUGCAACAGUGGUGGUCCGAGUACUGGGCGUUGAAGAAUGCAUCGGCUGCAGGAAGCUGCAGCGGCAUGAACCUGCCGUGGGGCGAGUCGCUGCAGGACUGGGUGACGCACCCUGCAAAGCAAUGCUGUGCCUCCUUCCCUGCGACGAUCUGCGACAAGGAUGCCAAAUUCAUGACACCGUGCAACGUCGCCGCUGACUUCAUGCCAGAGCAGGAGUUGUACAGCUACUGCGACUUAGAGCCGAAGCUGGACAACGUGACCUGCGAAGCCACCACCGGCUGCACCUACUACCAGUCUGGCCGCCAUCCGUGCUGCUUUGUCAGUUGCUCCUGCCGCUGCCGCUGCCAUCGCUGCGCUGUUGCAGUUGUGCUGCUAGUGUUGGUGUUGCUGCUGUUGUUGGUGGUGCUGAUGAUGGUGAUGGUUGGGAUGAUGGUGGUGGUGGUGUUGGUGGCGCCGGCGGGGUUCGUGGUGGUGGUGGCGGUGGCGGUGGUGGUGUUGGUGUUGGUGCUGUUGUUGGUGGUGCUGAUGAUGGUGGUGGUUGGGAUGAUGGUGGUGUUGGUGGCGCCGGCGGGGUUCGUGGUUUCGUUUUCGUUUUACUCGCCGCCAAGGGUGUCCAGGCUGUGCGCUCCCACGAGCGCCGACGGCGCCAUCGCCGCUGUGAGCGAUCAGAUUCUUGCCGUCUCCGGGGGCUCGGAAGAGGCCACUAUGGGUGCGAGGUCCGAGAGGGACGUGGUUGGCUUCCCUACUCUGCAUCGCGUGCAUCUAUUUGAAUGUCAGCGUGCUGGUGUCUCCACCUCCAGGGAAAGACCUCGGCAAACCCCUGGCGCUGCAUCCAGCGCCGGAGCAGCGUGA